AUGGUCGAUUCGGAACUUAGGUACUGUUCUCCAAAAGGUAAAACUUAUAUCUCCCUCCGAACAGCCUGUGGAUCUCUCAUUGAUCAUCAAGAUCAUCACGAUCUGGACGUGAGUAGUUACAUAAUCGAAGAAGGUACAAAACAGGAUACGAAAUUAGUGAAUAACGAUGAGUCAGUGAUCAGCAAUAGUCGACCCAAGAAAAGGAUUCGGAUAGAAGAUGUUGAAAGUUUGUAUUUCCGUCAACAGAGUGAAGAAUCGGUUGGAAACAGUAAUGAUUCGGGUAUUGUUGAUGAUGAUGAAAAGAAAGAGGGUACUCUGAGAAAUCGUCCAAGAAAAGCUCUUCGUGAGAUUAAGAAAUUGAAGGAAUCCGAGAAGAAAAGAAAAUAG